AGUUUACACAAGCACACAAGACAUUUGUUGCAGCACAUUCGUGGAUUUUCUUCUGGAUUUUUCUUUACAUUAAAUGCAAGCCUGGAUACAAAAAUACUCACCCAUUCAAAACAUAAAACAUCUGCCAAUGAAACAAUCCAUCGAUAUAUUUUAUAACGUAUUUAAUUGCGUUUUUUUCCUUUAUGUUAGAAAACUGUGGAAACAUCCCAUUCAAACACACAGGCGGUGUUUACUUAAUUUCAGCGUUGCCAGGUUUGUUGAGUUUCCGUAAAACGUAGAGAUUUCACCGUUUUUCAAAGAUGCGGACGAUGUUGUUGAUUUUGUCGAACAAAGAAAAUGUCACUGUCAGAAGUAGAAUAAUUGGAUUAUCGUGCUCUUUUUAUAAUCCACUGUUGUAGUGUAAAAAGGGAACUGCGUCGCCUCUGUUCGGGACGGUGCUCACGUGGCCGGAAAGUGUCGAACGUGGCAACGCACACUUCCUGCUCGGUUGGAUUUAAAGCGGGAAAUGGACGUUAUCCCACAGAUAAACUUUCCUCCAGCUGUUUAAACAAGUGAAAAACAGCUGGUUAGCUCUUCCCAGUGCUAACACACAUGCUAACACGGCUCCGGAAACGUUUAUUCACUUUAGCCGCCGAACUAACGCAACGUAAGGAAAGUAGGAAACCGAGAAAAAAGCUGCGUGUCUGUUCUGGAAUCACCGUGAACCUCCUCGGUGUUUUGUUUUUUUAACAAUCGCCUUUUACAGCUAAACAUUCACGUUCCUCCGAGACGCUUGUUUUUGUUUUUGUUUUUGUUUUUCUCUUCCUUGUAAACAACCAUUUCUUUGUUUACACCCACGCGUGGCAAAACAAAGCAACUCCCGUGGCAUGUUGACUCAAGACCGAGGGAGAAGAGAGACGUUUUAUUCUCAAUGACAGAGAGUGAGAUGAAGCCCAAACGCAUCCAGAGGCACAGAGGAGCCAACUGGCGAGGAAAGGCCGUCGGCACUGGUGACACGACAGCUCUGAGCCAAGCCAAGCCACCGUCACACGUGUCCUCUUCUGCUCGAAACAAGCCUUUUUCCGGGAAAGUGUUUUACCUGGACCUGCCGUCAAACAGAACAGCAGAGACACUGGAGAUGGACAUUAAACAGCUGGGAGGGAUUGUUGAGAAGUUCUUCAGUAAGGAAAUCAAAUAUCUGGUAUCCAACAAGAGGGAGGCCCGAUAUGUGCAGUGCCUCAGGCAGGACUCUCCUGUCCCCAGCCCGGACUCCGGACCGAGUUCACCUCACCCUCGCUCAAACCCGCACCGACCUGGCAGCCAUGGGGACAACAUGAAAAGCAGGUCUCAGGGUCAAACAGACACAUUGGUCACAAGUCGAGGUAAAUCUUUGGUGGAGAGAGUGGUGAAAGAGCAGGAGAGGAUACAGAUGAACAAGAUCCUGUCAAAUGCUCUGGAUUGGGGUGUGAAAAUCCUCUACAUAGAUGAUGUAAUGGCGUAUGUAAAGAAGAGAAAAAAGAUUGUCGGUAGCCAGUGUCCUGCGACCUCUGCUGCCAAAACAAAUGUUAAACCUGGGUCAGCAUUAAAGCAAGGCUUUCAGAAAUGCAGAGGUGGACGAAUCGGUAAACCUUUUGUCAAGGUUGAGGAUUCAAGCAGACACUACCGUCCAAUCUACCUCACAAUGUCCAACAUGCCUGAGUUCAACCUGAAGACUGUCCCUCCUUGUAGUCCCUUCAGUGUCGAGGACAAGAAUUCACCUGGGAACAAACAGGAUGGACAAAGAGGUGCGAAAGCCUCAGCCAGUGAGGACAGAGCUCACGGCCGAAAGAAGAACAGGGACAAGAAACGAGGCGGCUACUGCGAGUGCUGUAUGAUCAAAUACGAAAACCUCACUAUGCAUCUACAGAGUGAACGUCACAAGGCUUUCUCCAAAAGUGAUGAGUACUUGGUUGUGGACAGACAGGUUUCAACACUGCCCUGCAACUUCAUCCACGUCAAAACUCAAGUUAAAAGACGAAAGUGCAGUGUUUCCUCUGUUCUGGUUGCUCCUGGACCAUGUGGGAAAACUGAGCUAAGGCACAGGGGAGAUCUCGUUACUGCAGAGACUGUUAAAGACGAGCAGCAACAGACUGUUGAAGUGGAAUCUUAUUCAGGACACGCUCUAAAAAUCAGAUCAGUUCCUGGUUUUGCUCGUCUGAUUCACAGGGAGAGGGACAGGAGGAACUGUCGCACUUACUCAGAGAGAGCCAAGGCCAAGUCUCUCGCACUUAAACGUCUGUGCAGACAGAAUUCUUUGACUUCUUCCACACACAAAGCUGCGCAAACUCACAUUCUUCAGCCCAAGAGGGAUACAGUCUCCUCUACAGGCGAACGUCUUGAAGCUUUUCCCUCCAGAGUUCCUCAGGUCGACUCGGUGGACCUAAUAUCUCACAUAGACAAGAACAGCAUGUCCUCAUGCUCCCAUAACAUUGAUGUACAGAAUUAUUCCUCAAAAGGCCUCAAUGUUGUGACAAAUCAACAAGAGCAGUCUGAUACCAACACGGAUGUGUUACAGUUUGAAGCCGUGCAGGAUGGAAGCAUAUUUCCUGACAAAAUGACUGGAAACUACUCAGCAGAAAACACAGAGGGACAGCUUCCUCCGCAAAGCUUGUCUCCAGCCUGGAAAAUACAGAGAAAAGUCAGAGCUUUUAAACGCAGAAGACGAAAAGUUGACCCCAACAUUGAACACGUAAAGCCAAGCGAUUCUCCUGACUCCGUGCUGAAGCUGUGGGAGCUUUUCGAGUCAAGUGAUGACAUGGACGUGGAGUUUCGUGGAUUUGAGGACUAAGAGCAAAUGAUCUGAUGGACUAUUAUUGUCUUUUCCAAUUACACCACUGUCAUAGACUACAAAACCAGCUGUAACAUUUUCUUUACAUCAUAGUAUAAGAAAAAGGUUUUCCCAUGAAUUAUCAUUUUGCACAUGUUAAUUACAUUUAUUUUUACAUUUGUUUUCUAAACUCUUCAAGUGGAAAGUAAAGAUAUGUAUGCAGAGAUAAUAUUCCCAUGACAAUAACAUUUGGCUUGAUAGUGAGAAGCAACCAUUUGUCUAAUAACAUUAUUGUUUUGCUCAUUCAUUGUUGACUGAAAUAUAAAUUAUUUGCCCACUCGGUAUACGUUGCCACACUCUUGGAAUCAUUCCAUAAGAAAUUAUUUAUCCUUCUUUCAAACAUUGCUCUGCAGCAUGAAACACAUAAACAUAAAGUCCCAUCCCAAAGUCUUAAUGGGACUCAAUUGAAAACAAUAAUUUAUUUGUAAAUUAAACGAGAAAUUACCAAAUUAAAGAAUUGAACGAAAGUGUAAAAUGCCACUCGUAAAAUUUGGGAAAUAUUAGUGAGACAAUAUUUUCAAUGUGUUUGUUUUCAUUGUUUACAGUCUCUGCGUACAUGCUGACUAAUUACUGAAUGUUGUUCAAUUACAUGUGCAUCAGAUUGAAAACAAAAGCCUUGAUGGCUACAUUUUCCACAGUAAUCUAAAGAAAGAGGACUUGAAUCUUCCCAGACAUGAGGAACUGAUUGUAUUUCUAUCAUAAACUACAUAUACUUAUGUAUUUUAAUGUGAAUGACCUGCUGGUUGGACAUGUGGUACUUGACAUUAUGUGACAUUUAAGGAUUCAACCUAAGUGCACUUUCCAUGAGCAGCCUCCAUGUGGUUUUUCCUGAUGCAUUAGCUCAGCUUCUCCCUUUUCUCUGCGUUUAGUGCAUUAGCACCGUGCCUGUGUUCUCCCUCCCUGCUCUCAAAUGAAUGCACUAGGUCAAGUGGGAGUCUCUGUGCCACUGGCAUUAAGGAAAAAGACAUCAGCAACAAUGUGUUCUGAGGCAUAAGCACAGUGUUACUGCAAAUAAAGGCAAUGCUGAGUGAAGAUGUCACUGUCA